GCCUCGGUCAGCGCCGCGCCGGGGCACCAACAGUCACAGCACCGCAGACGUAACCUCUCCAGUUUCCUGUGGUUAAAAGUGUGUGUGUAGGGAUAAUUAGCAUUUCAACGCAGGAUGAGGGAUCUCUGCGGCUCUGCAGAGGAGAACUUGGGGGUGCUGGUCGAUGAGAAGCUCGACGUGAGCCGGCGAUGUGCGCUCUCAGCCCAAAAGGCCAACUGUAUCCUGGGCUGCAUCAAAGAAGGGUAGCCAGCAGGGAGAGGAAGACUGACGGUGGCCCAUUGUAAGGGUUAAUCAUCUGUCAAAUAUUUAGUAAUCCUUUGUUCUGAAAAUUUCCUGCAUUGUUCAUGGAGUUUUUCAUCAGUAUGUCUGAAACCAUUAAAUAUAAUGACGACGAUCACAAAACUGUGUUCCUGAAAACAUUAAACGAACAACGUCUGGAAGGAGAAUUUUGUGACAUAGCUAUUGUGGUUGAAGAUGUUAAAUUCAGAGCACAUAGGUGUGUGCUUGCUGCCUGCAGUACAUACUUCAAAAAGCUUUUCAAAAAACUGGAAGUGGAUAGUUCAUCCGUAAUAGAAAUAGAUUUUCUUCGUUCUGAUAUUUUUGAGGAAGUUCUCAAUUACAUGUAUACUGCAAAAAUUUCUGUUAAGAAAGAGGAUGUAAAUUUGAUGAUGUCCUCAGGCCAGAUUCUUGGUAUUCGAUUUCUGGAUAAACUCUGCUCUCAAAAACGUGAUGUAUCUAGUCCUGAAGAAAACACUCAGUCCAAGAGCAAAUACUGUCUGAAAAUAAACCGUCCUAUCGGGGAACCUAAUGAUACCCAAGAUGAUGAGGUGGAAGAAAUUGGAGAUCAUGACGAUAGUCCAUCAGAUGUGACAGUGGAAGGAACUCCUCCAAGUCAGGAAGAUGGAAAAUCACCUACCACUACCCUGAGAGUGCAGGAGGCGAUUCUGAAAGAGCUGGGAAGUGAAGAGGUAAGAAAAGUAAACUGCUACGGCCAGGAAGUAGAGCCUAUGGAAACAACUGAAUCAAAAGACUUAGGAUCUCAGACCCCUCAGGCUUUGACGUUUAAUGAUGGCAUAAGUGAAGUGAAAGAUGAACAGACACCAGGCUGGACCACUGCAGCUGGGGAUAUGAAGUUUGAGUAUUUGCUUUAUGGUCACAGGGAACACAUUGUAUGUCAGGCUUGUGGCAAGACCUUUUCUGAUGAAGCGCGAUUGAGAAAACAUGAAAAGCUACACACUGCUGAUAGACCAUUUGUUUGUGAAAUGUGUACAAAGGGCUUCACCACGCAAGCUCAUUUGAAAGAGCAUCUGAAAAUACACACAGGUUACAAGCCUUACAGUUGCGAGGUAUGUGGAAAGUCUUUUAUUCGUGCACCAGAUCUAAAAAAGCACGAAAGAGUUCACAGUAAUGAGAGGCCAUUUGCAUGCCAUAUGUGUGAUAAAGCCUUCAAGCACAAGUCCCACCUCAAAGACCAUGAAAGAAGACACCGAGGAGAGAAACCUUUUGUCUGCAGUUCUUGCACUAAGGCAUUUGCUAAAGCAUCUGAUCUAAAAAGGCAUGAGAACAAUAUGCACAGUGAAAGAAAACAAGUUACUACAGCCAAUUCCAUCCAGAGUGAAACGGAACAGUUACAGGCAGCAGCUAUGGCUGCUGAAGCAGAGCAGCAAUUGGAAACUAUAGCUUGUAGUUAAAAACUAAAGCAGAAACUUUAUCAGAAAUAAUAUAAGAAAUUAAGUUGAACAAAAUCUGUUGUGGCAUACGUUUAGACCGGGAAUUAUCUUUUCCAGAAAACGUGUUUUUAGAGGAUUUGAAUGCUGCAUAGGAACACAGCAUUGCUUGGUUAGGUAUUUUAAAACAUUUCAGAGAUAGGUAUUCUUAGACUAUGAAAUUAUUCUGUUGUCAUCAGCAGUAUAAUGCGCUAAUAUCUGAUUUCAUUUGAGAGUAUGAUCAAGAUCUCUAUAAAAUAGGGAUCAUCACCAGCUAUUUCAUCCAGUAUGGAAUACUGCAUAUGACGUAGACAUCAAAAUCAGUGAGUUACGUUUAAAAAUGCUGAGACCUCAGAAAAAUAACAACCAUGAAAAGGAGAUAUUUGUUUUUCAUAAUUUUGAAAGUGUUACACCUACAGAUGUUGAUUCCCUAAUAAUACCAACAGAGGUGGAUUCCCUAAGCUUUUUUAAUUUUUCUUUUUUUUCCUGUAAUGUAGGUGCUAGAGAUUGGUACAACAGAGUUUAAGAGAGGACAGUGAUCAAAAUUCAAUUUCUUAUUCCAUUCCCUCUAAUAUCCUCUUAUUUUAACCGAGGUGGCAAGUUUAAUGAAAUACUUGCUUUUUGGAAAAAAAUGUAUUAUUCACAGUGGCUGGCAAAGCAGAAAGAUCGUAUUCAUCAGUCCCUUCUGUGGGGAAAAGAGUCUGUCUCGUUUGUUUCUGUGUUCACUUAUGCAGGCCUCCAGAGAUGGGACAGAACCACAGAGGAAAGGAUGCAGCGUGAAGGAGAUAGUUUCCUUACUCGGACCCAGCAGAAAUUAGUUAAAGCUAAUACAGCUUAAGGCUGUAGUUUUUAUGAUGCAGCCAACAGGUCAUCUAACCUAGCACAGUUUAGGCAAAAGAGCGUUUCUGGCAGCACAGGAGGAUUAGCUGCACUGGUGAGUGACUGGAUGUCACUACCAGACCCCUGCAGCUGCAGAGCACAGCCACAAGCUGUGGCUUACCUGCCCGCAAUAUUCAGGCUGGGUUUCAUCAUGGCUGGUCAUAAUAGGUCCCAUUCAAGUUUUAUAAACUUCUGCCUUCUGACACACCACCUCUCAGAAAAAGUGAGUGAUUUUAGUUGUAACUGAUCCGUAAUCAGUGUUCACUAAUAGUCUGUUACUUAGAACUGCCUGGGUUUUUUUUUUUCAGACAAGCUGAGGUAGAUGCUGCUAAUUUAACCUUUACUCGCAGAGUCAACAAAAUACAUGGUCUUUGGAUUGCUGUCUGCCAUGUGUAGUCACCAAGAGAAAACCCAGUAACAGUGGUAAAGUAAUCCAAAGGGAUAUCGAGCCUUUAUUUUAAAUUUGUAAAUACUUCAACUGUUGUCAAAACUUCUUUUGAAGUUGGAAUGGGCAAAAAAUCCACACUCUGGCAAUGUGGUUUGUUAACGUUGGUGACUUGCAAUACCUAUAGCACAUGAAAGCGUUAGACAAGUUUCUUGUAAGUUAUUGUGUGUUAGAUCACAUCUUGCUUUUCUAAAUAGAAGUUGAAACUGGCCUUUUGGGGACUGUCAUAUGGAACUUUGAUUACUGUUUUUUUUGGUUGUUUGGGGUUUUUUUACGGCUUUGUUUUAUUCAUGUACUCAUCAGGUUAAGAAAUUAUCUUAAAAUGCCAGUAAUUCUUUGAAAGCUGGUCUGUAAACAAAACGUGAACUUAAUAUUUUAGAAAAUGUAAACUUUGGACGUUUACCAAUAUAUUUUUUUAAAAGGUUGCUUCAUUUUACAUUCAGUAAUAUUUGUUUGUAAACAAACUAUACAUUUUGUAUCUGUGCAACAUCAGAGGAUGUGUAUUCAUUGCAUUUUAUUGGUUCUCUUGAGGAACAUGAUAAAUGACCAUUGUUAAAAUGUUUUACUGUAUAUGAUCAUAGAUAUAAAGAUAGUAGGUCCAAACCAGGAUCUACUCUUUUUUUCUAAAUAUAUUAGUCUUGCUAUGUUUCUUAUCUAAAAUUGUGCUUGCUUUUUCUUAGAUGGUAAAAUUUGGAUUGAUAAGUCUGUGCAAAACAGAUCUGUUUGAUAAGUGUUCAAGAGAGUAAAACACAAGUGAAUUUUCCCUGGUUUUCCCAUGAACAGUGCAAGAAGUAAUGAGCUUAAAUUACAGCGGUGAACAUUUACGUUAGACAUUUAAAGGCCUGAAUAAUCGAUUAUUAGAACAGAAUGCCUGGGGCAGUACUGCAGUCUCCACUUGUGAUAUUCGAGAACGGGUUAGACAAACAUCUGUUAGCAAUGGUUUAAAUAUAGUUAAUUUUGCCUUGGAGCUGAGGAAUAAGCUAAAUAAGCUCUCAAGAGCCUCUUUAGCUUUGGGGUUUCUUUUGAAUGCUAGGAAAGUAAUAAAUGAACAUGGGGCUCACUGGGACAGCGGAUAUUUGAAUGGAAAGACAGAGCUCAAGGCUUACAGUUAAACAGAAUUGCCCACUGACAUUUGAGCACAGUCGGCCUAUGAAUUUGGAAUUGUUAUAGAGAAGCAGGCUUGCAUAAGACAGACAAGUGGAAGUGUUAUAACAUUGUAUUUACAUCAAAGUAAAUUUUGCUUCAGUGAAACCAGUGGAGUUGCUCCAGUGUCAUAGGUUUUGAAAGGGGCCUUGACCUCUUCUUACUUUUUAGCUCCUUAAGAAUCAGUAGACUGCUGUAUGUUCCUGAGACUAACAAUGACAAUCAAGGAGGCAAAGGCUCAGUUAUUGCUGUGAAGUUGAGAAUUUUAUUGACAAUUUCUACUACUGCUGUCUGUUUUAAGAAUGUGAGCUUAACUUUUUUUUUCCUUUUUUUUUUAAAGCCAAUUCAUAAUUCUUUUUUCUCUUCCCAAUUGUUUUUAUCAAGAGAGGGAUAAGGCCUAGAAUACUGAAGCUUAAAGUUUUGCAAAAGAUUUCAGAAAGGAAUUGUGGAGGUAACCUUAACUGGACAUUAUUGUUAGUGUGUUCUAAAUUGUUCCACUUCAUUGUGUACAUUCUGAAGGAAUGUUAGCACAUAUGUUAUGAGGGGCCUGUCUUUGAGGUUCAGGUAGAUUUGUCUGCAUUUUAAGACACUACUGCUCCCAGCUUAUCUUACGUUUGUGCCAGAAUGCACCACGUGCAAAUGCAGAUGUAUGUCAACUCCAAGCCGCAAGGGUUUUCCAGCAUUGUAAAACCUAAGCUAUGAGCUGUAGUGAUUGAGGAAUAGGAAAACUUUUAUUUUUGCUUUUACAAGGAUGGCAACUUCUUUUGGAGCUUAUGAAAUAGUGGAUGAUAUUCUGUCCAAUUAAUGGGAAUUUUGCUGUUGACUUUACUGGGGCCAGACUAGUCCAAUAUUCCUAACAAGGUUUCCAUCAGCGAGCACAUUAAUUUGUGUUCACGCAGGAAUGACAGAAUGCUCUAGAAACAUAGAUGGUUAAAACAGAAUUGUCAGAAUUAAAUGAAAAAAACUAUCAUGCAUGGAAUUAGUCCUAAAUAUACACAUCUGCAUCGAUGGUUUGUAAAUUGAGAAUCAGUUAUGUCUUUAAUAUACAUAGUAUAUCAAGAACUCUGUUACUUUUUUUUGGCUUAUAAUGAAUAUCCGUUGGUGUUAUGCCAUUAGGUAACCAAGUGACUUCCUAUGAAUGUUAGCAUGACCAGGGCUUACGGAUAUAUAAUGUAGCAACAUGUGAGCUGAUGUGAAAUGAGGUUCUUCUGGUGGUCCAAGUGUGUCUAUAAGGACAGCUGAGAUGCUAAACCAAUGUCUUCUCGGUUGCAGAGACAUCUAAAUACUAAAGAAGUUAACCAUUUAGUUAAAAGGCUUUGUGUUUUAAAAGACUAAAAUGCUUUAGAGUGAAAAGAAAUAUUUGAAAUAACUUUGCUGUUCUAAUGUUUUAACUGUAUGCUCUUAAAAAUAAGGUGGAUUUUUUUCAUAGAGAAAGGAACAAAGAGAAUACAUUUUGAAAACUGGUGUCUGAUUAAUUUCUGAUCCAAAUUGUGUUAGCCAUGGAUGUGCUGCUGGUUAUUAGGCAGAACUCAGUUUGGAAACUGCAGAAGCUCAGGAAAGAUUACCUUCUAGCCCUUUUCCAUUCCCCACUCCCUCUUCUACACACCCUUAUCAAUAUUUAAACAGACGUUACAAGGUGAAGCAAUUCACAGUUGAGUGCUUGUGUUUUAAUUUUUCUGCUUUAAUCUUUGAAAAAGGUCUAGGCCUGGAGAUCAGAGUUUUAAAGGUUGCUGUGUGAAAGAAAACGUUGACUUAAGUAGCUCGAUUUUGAGGAGCUCAGCUUCUGUUACGUGUAAGCUGCAGAAUACUAAAUACUCCUCAAUGUUUUGCUGUUUACAUACCCCAACUGGAGUUCUUUUGAAGAUCAGGCCCUAAUUUUCUAAUCUAGAGAUGGUGUUCCCGAUUCUAGUGAGUAAAAAUAUUUAAAUUAAUAGUUGGGUGAGAUAUAGAAUUAAGUAUCAGAUGGUAUCAGAAAGCCUACUCUAAGCUUAGAGUAUAUUUUUAGGGAGAGAUUGUUAUUAAGUCUUUUAUUAAUUUAGACAGCUCUGUGUUUUAUGGAAGACACAAAGCAUUUCUGAAACAAAUGUGCACCUACCGCUAACACUAUCCAAAUUUCUGGAAUAUAAACAUUUACAUGUCAGUACAGACUAGAUUAAUUCUGCCUUAAGAUGAUAAAGACAAACCUAAGGAAUUAUCAUCUCUUUCAAACAGCAAAUACACAGAUCACAGUAGUGUGCACAUUCAGCCAGAAACGUGCAUAUUUCAUUAAAAAUUCCAUUACAGCACUUGGUCUGUCAUUUGUCUCCAUAUAGAUCUAAACCAAUUAUAAUAACAUUCUUACUUAUUUCAGAACAGAUGGAGAAUUUCCAUGAAUAGCUUUUAUUAAA